AUGUCUGUGUCAAAAAUUGCAGGUCUCCUGCUCAGCUCGGCCGCCAUGGUUGCUGGUCACGGCUUCGUGUCGGGUGCUGUCGUUGAUGGCACCUACCACGGGGGCUUCAUCGUCACCAGCUACAACUACAUGGACCAGGUGCCCGAGAACAUCGGAUGGGCCGAAAAAGCCACCGACACCGGUUUCAUCGACGGCUCCGGCUACUCCAGCCCCGACAUUAUCUGCCACAAGGAGGCUACACCCGGUGCAAUCUCCGCUGAGGUCAAGGCCGGUGGCUCCGUCGAGCUGCAAUGGACUCAAUGGCCCGAGAGUCACCAUGGCCCUGUCAUCACCUAUAUGGCCAACUGCAACGGCGACUGCUCCUCUGUGGACAAGACCUCCCUCAAGUUCUUCAAGAUCCACGAGGCCGGUCUGAUCGACGGUAGCAAUGCCCCCGGCAAAUGGGCCUCCGACGAUCUUAUCGCCGCCAACAACAGCGCCACCGUGACCAUCCCCAGCGGCAUCGCCUCAGGAAACUACGUGCUCCGCCACGAGAUCAUCGCCCUGCACUCCGCAGGCGAGCAAAACGGCGCCCAGAACUACCCCCAAUGUAUCAACCUGAAGGUCACCGGCGGCGGCAGCGACACUCCCAGCGGCACCCUCGGCACAGACCUCUACAAAGCCGCCGACCCAGGCAUUCUCGUCAACAUCUACACCUCCAUGAGCUCCUACGAUAUCCCCGGUCCGGCCCUGUACACCGGUGCCUCGUCAGGCGGCUCACCAAGCCCAUCAACCACACCCGCCGCCUCCGCACCUACCACCGCCAGUGCCUCCUCGACCGUGAGUGCCUCUCCAAUCCCGAGCUCCUCCUCGUUCCCAUCCUCGCACCCGCACCCUUCCCGCACUCGCACUAUCACCGGCCGUCCCACCCACAGCCACUCCUCCAGUGCAACCUCUAUUCCCACGUCUGCUCCAACACUCUCGCUCCCCGGUGGACCAGAGCCUGUUUUCACAGACGCUCCUUCCGUCACCAAAAGCGCCUCUGCUACACAGGUUACUGACGAGCCUGCCGAACAGACUGCCGCCCCUACCGACGUUGCCAUCACCGUUGGCUCCCCCGGCGGCCAGUCGGCACAGAGCUCUGCGCCCGCCGGCGGAGACGCUUCGGGGCCUAGCGCUACCGCUGCGCCUGUUCCUGUCACCACCUCUGGCCCCGCUUCUGGCUCGUCCGACGACAGCGACUGGUCCUCCUACCUCAGCUCCCUGAGUGCUGACCAGCUCCUCGGCGUUAUCCGCUCUACUCUGAAGUGGCUCGUCUCUGAAAAUAAAGUACAUGCCCGCGACCUGUCUUCUUAG